UAGCUCUACAAAAUAUGGCCUCCGCCGCACACACCGUGCAUCCCAGCCGACAUUACCUACGAUGGCCGGCGCAGUUCGACAGCCCAUUGACGUAGCCUCGCUGGAGCGCUACAUUGCCUCCAACGUUCCUGAAAUCGCGGUGCCGAUUGACGUCAAGCAGUUUGGCUACGGCCAGUCAAACCCAACGUACCAGUUGACGGACAAGGACGGGAAGCGAUAUGUUAUGAGGAAGAAGCCGCCGGGGCAGCUUUUGUCCAAGACGGCACAUAAGGUGGAUCGAGAGUACCGGAUCAUCCACGCUUUGGAGAAGACAGACGUCCCAGUGCCCAAGGCGUAUUGUCUCUGUCAGGAUGAGAAGGUCAUCGGGACGGACUUCUAUAUCAUGGAGUUCCUGGACGGUAGGAUAUUUGAGGAUCCAGCCAUUCCAGAGGUAACCCCAGAAGAACGGACGAAGAUGUGGCAUUCAGCAGUCACAACGCUCGCCAAAUUCCACAGAGUCGUCCCAAAGGAUGUCGGGCUCGAGACCUAUGGGAAGCCCUCCGGAUUCUACAACCGCCAAAUAUCCACCUUUAACACUAUCUCGAAAUCGCAAGCAGCGGCGAAGGACAAGGACACGGGGGUGCCAGUUGGGAAGAUUCCACAUCAAGACGAUAUGGUUGCAUUCUUCAGUGACCCUAAGACGCAACCAAAGGACAGGAGCAGCUUUGUGCACGGGGACUACAAAAUUGACAACGUUGUCUUCCACAAAACCGAGCCGCGGGUGAUUGGCAUUCUGGAUUGGGAAAUGUCCACCAUAGGGCACCCAUUGUCCGACCUGAACAACCUACUAGCGCCGUUCGUAACGGCGUCGUCGGAAAAAGCCCUAAGCAUAGGUCGUGCAAACACUGCGUUCCAGCCGGGUGCAAUGGAGGGUUUACCGUCGCAAGAUCAGUUGGUGUCGUGGUAUUCGGAAGUUGCAGGGUGGGAUCCUCGACCAGAUAUGACCUGGGGUCAUGCCUUCUCGACCUAUCGGUCGGCGAUAAUUAUGCAAGGGAUAGGUGCGCGAUACGCACUUCGUCAGGCCAGCAGCGCGCAAGCGCAAAACUACGGUUCGAUGAUGAGGCCGUUUGCCGAAAUCGCGUGGGACUUGGUGCAAGAGUACAAAAACGCGCAUGAGAAGGCGAAGCUGUAAUGUAGCUUGUUGUACCCUGUAACUACUCACCAUUAUCUGGAUAGUUUUCUCGUCCACCAGCUGAUCAGAAAUCGCAUAUUGGUAUCAUG